GGCCGGCCGGGAGACGGCGCCGGGGGCGGCGCGCCCUGCUGCCCGCCGCGGGCCCCGGGGCGCCGGGGCGCUGAGCAACAGUUGGCCCCGCCGCCGCCCAGCAUGAAAGUGUGCCGGCGGAAGGCGCUGGCGCUGUGCCUGGGCUACGCGCUGCUGCUGCUGCUCGCCGCGCUCAACCUGCUGGAGUACAAGUGGCGGCGGGAGCCGCGGCGCUGCGGGGAGCCCCCGGCAGCCCCCCGCCACCACCCCCCGCCGCCGCCGCCACCGGCCGGGAGCCGCGGCCCGGCGGGCGCCCGGCGGCAGCUGGUCUAUGUCUUCACCACCUGGCGCUCGGGCUCGUCCUUCUUCGGGGAGCUCUUCAACCAGAACCCCGAGGUCUUUUUCCUCUACGAGCCGGUGUGGCACGUCUGGCAGAAGCUGUACCCCGGUGACGCCGUCUCGCUGCAAGGGGCGGCCCGCGACAUGCUGAGCUCCCUGUACCGAUGCGACCUCUCCGUCUUCCAGCUCUACAGCACGGCGGGCGCCGGCAAGAACCUCACCACGCUCGGCAUCUUCGGGGCGGCCACCAACAAGGUCAUCUGCUCCUCGCCCCUCUGCCCGGCCUAUCGCAAGGAGGUGGUGGGGAUGGUGGACGACCGGGUGUGCAAAAAGUGUCCCCCGCAGCGCCUCAGCCGCUUCCAGGAGGAAUGCCACAAGUACCACACGCUGGUCAUCAAGGGCGUGCGUGUCUUUGACCUGGCCGUCCUGGCCCCGCUCAUGCGGGACCCGACCCUGGACCUCAAAGUCAUCCAUCUGGUGCGGGACCCCCGGGCCGUCGCCAGCUCCCGCAUCAAGUCCCGCCACGGCCUCAUCCGGGAGAGCCUGCAGGUGGUGAGGAGCCGGGACCCCCACAUCCACCGCAUGCCCUUCCUUGAUGCUGGCCACAAGCUAGGCGGGAAGAAGGAGGCGGGCGGCUCGGACUACCAUGCCCUGGGUGCCAUGGAGGUCAUCUGCAGCAGCAUGGCCAAGACCCUGCAGACUGCUCUGCACCCCCCUGACUGGCUCCAGGGCAAUUACAUGGCCGUGCGCUACGAGGACCUGGUGGUGGAGCCCAUCAAGACCCUGCGGCAGGUGUACGGCUUUGUGAACCUGGCAGUCAGCCCGGAGAUGGAGAAGUUCGCCCUGAACAUGACCAGUGGCCCCGGCUACUCCUCCAAGCCGUUCGUGGUGUCGGCCAGGAACGCCACCCAGGCGCUGAGUGCCUGGAGGACUGCGCUCAGCUACCAGCAGAUCAAGCAGGUCGAGGAGUACUGCCAGCAGCCCAUGGCCCUGCUGGGCUACGAGCGGGUCGGCAGCCCCGAGGAGGUGAAGGACCUCAGCAGAACGUUGCUCAGGAAGCCGCGGCUGUGACGGGGCAGCGGCGCCCGCCGGGCGCCCGGGCAGAGGAGCCGCUCCGGCUGCCUGGAGGGAGGGAGGGAGCCGGGAAAAGCAGCCUGGGCUCCGAUUUCCUCCAAAGACUGCUGAAGGGUAACUUACAGUAAUGUGGUUUUUUUUUUUUUUUUUUACCCGCCCCCGUUGCAUUGAGUUAGAUGCGGUUUAAAAAAAAUCAAGUGGAACUGAAAAUCUGUAUAAAGCCCCUUCCACCUUCUCUAAAACGCCAGGCAGUUAUUCUGCACCAAUAUCGUGUUCAUGAAGUUCUUGUGGGUUUGAAGAUGGUAACAAAAACUCUUGCACAAUUCCUAACACAUCUUUAUCUCCCUUGGUGCGGAGGGGAUGCCCUUGGAAAACAUAAUGCUGAUAAUCAGACUUUUGUAUGAAAGCAAAUGUUCAGACAUGAUAGUAAUAAAAGGAAAUAAUAAAUGAUAUUCAUUUUUAUAAUUACCUCAAUUGUUUGGGAAAUACAGUGUUGCUUAUGUACAGCUUGAGGGGAUGCUUGCUUAAAAUAACAACGUGGACUUCUUAAAGGGUAUGGGCGGAGGGCUGGAGUGCAACAUUUGAUGUGUUCAAAGAUCAGGAGCUGCUCCUGCAGAAACAAAUACAGAUCUUGCAAGUGUAGUGCAGGUUUCAUGGCUGUGUCAAAGCAGGUUUCUAUUUAACUAUUGUCUUUUCUGUUGUAUUUUAAAAGUCUUUCAAGUGCCACUGUAUUAUUGUCCUAAGAGUUUGAAAACGUUUGCCAUCGCAGCAGUAUUUAUUUUUGUCUUGACGUGUAUGUCCAGGAGUCACUGUCAAAUAGAAGUGGAUCUACAGUGUGACAAGAAAUGCAGGAUUUAAAAAGACAUUUAUCAUACUGGAAACAUUAGCAUGUGUGACAACAAAAAUAAAAUUAUAUAUAUUCUAUAUAUUCUAUAGUGCUAACAAAACAUAAGAUGUAAGAUAUUUCUUGACAUUGAUUGGUAACAGACAGAGCAGGGAAGCAUAGAAAAAAUGCAUAAAAUGAUUUAUUUUUUCCCUUUGUCUGUGUCUGAGGGUAUAUUUAUGUACGAAGAGGGAGGAAAUGUACAGCUGUGUGUUCAUGGCUGUAACAGAGCUUUUAUGGAGCCAGCCCAGCGUUUGAUUUCAGAGCGCUGGUUGGAGACUCAUUGCCUGUGAAUUGUCAUUGCUCUGUGGUGGAGCCAGAUGGUGGUCUGGCUCUUUCUGGGAGCUCUGCCUAGAGUCUGUCCCAUCGUUAAAACUUAAUGAUUAAACAAAAAAAAGAAAAAAAAGAGAUUUUACUACUUCUGCUUUUGUAAUUUCUUGGGAAAAGUCCUGAUUUAUUAAAGGUUAAGUGGUGUGUUGCAUAGGAAAAGUGCAGACACCCUAAGUAGUUUUUAAUCUUGGUGUUCUCUGCUGCUCUUUGAAGGCUCAUUUUGGAACUUGAGUUUUUAAACAAACGUAGUUUUGCCAAACUGUUCUCUUAGGAGACUACAGACUUUUCUACAGGAAGUACAUUUUACAUUGCCUAUUUGGGUGUUGUGCCUUCAGAAAAUGUGAAGAGUAUGAGUAGGAAAAAGGAGAUUGAUUUGUGAAAAUAAUAUAAACAGGAUGCUGAUACGUGUGUGUGUGUGUGUGUGGGUGUAUGUGUGAAAAUUUUAGUGAUGUGUAAUAUGUCUAUUUCUUGUAACUCAAACAGCUGAUAACUGGCUACUAAGAUUUUUGAGUUCUUGAUGAAAUUUUGGCAUUAGAUGUUGAAUUUAUUCUGAAAAGGAAAAAGAUUUAAUAAACUAGUUAAAAGAUUAUUGCAUAAGGUUGCCUAUACACUUGCUGAAUGACUGCAUUACAUGUUGUUUCCCUCGGCUCAUUUUCACCAUCAGUGAAAUAACAUAAAAUCUAGCAAUGGGAGAUCUUUUAAUUGGCCUGCUAGGAUGUAUUCCCAGAUUCCAGACAGCAGUGCUAGAAACAUGAGGCAUAGUUAGUUUGGUAUUUCAAACACAGAUUAAGGUACUCGUGUUGUUGUGGAAUGAUGUGUUUUGUGUUACCACUGUGCAUGUUCAGUGCAGUGCUGAGAGGAUUUUGGGUGUUUGGCUGUGGACGGUACCCAGCAGGGUUUUUUAUUUUCUUCAGUGUCCGGGGACAGUGCUUGAAAAUCUGACCUGCUUGUAGAGCACGGUGCUUGCUUUUUCUCCGUGCCUGCUUUCUGAGGCUGCCUGCUCCCCCUGGCCUGCCCUGGCUGGUCUGUGUGUGCUCCAGCAGCGCUGCUGCGGGCAGGGCGGGCGGCUGGAGCCGGGAGCUGCCCAUGGAACGCCAGCCCUGUCCGGGACAUGCCAGCGCCUCGGCUCCCGUGCCGCCAGCCGGGAGCUGUGCUUGGGGCUCCUGAUGGGGCCUUUCCGUGGCAGCAUGUUACAGCAAAAGCUCCUUUGAUUUGGGAGCUGAUGCAUGGUCAUUUCUGCGUGCAAAAUUCCUUGGUCUUUUUUGGGAAGGUUUUCAGGAUGAGUAAAGUGAACAGGAAUUGAUUGCCUCUGGGAGUGUGAAACAGAUGAGCCCAAUUGACUUAGCUUCCAAAAAUGUCCUUUGGCUCCUAAUUAUGUUAAAGAGCUCAUCCUGUCAUUCUGAGAGAGCACUUGCUGCUUUUCUAAUAGUGGUGCAUGGCAAGCACCUGCUUCACUUUCCCGGUACAAACACUGCCAGUAGAGUUACAGCGUCUGAAUCUGGUCCAUAGUUUGAGCUCCACCUACGGCAUUGCAGCAAGGAAUCACCCAACAUACUGUACAACUGUGCCCUGGUGUGCUGUGGUGAACAGAAGAAAUAAUGCAAUGUUCAUUUUGUGAAAAUAAAGGACUGCAUGUUUGUUCAGAUAAAGCUUCAGGAGAGCUGAAUGGGAUCCUGCUUGUGUAAAACGCUGGUGGGCUAAACCCUAUGUUUAGUGCUGCUCUAUUAAAUAUGUAUGUGAACAACUGACAAUUAAAAGAUGAUUUUUACCCCUUUUUUGUAUUCAGGAAAUAGAAGUAGAGGAACUUUAACAUGCCAAACAGAUUGAAAAAAAGUUUUAAAAAAUAGGGUAUCAGAAAGAUGACAUGGUUACAAAAGAAGUUUUCCUUUUGUGAGGAGAGACAGCUAGCUGUGGUGAGAAUAAACUUGACUUUUAAGCUUGAAUAUA